CUCGCUCGAGGGCAUGGUCUUGCGGAGAGAGGCGCAGCUGUCCAUCAUGGGUUUCCAGAUGCCUUCGCUACAUACCGGACCACAGGCUGGGCCAUCUAGGCCUUCCCGAGGAGCUGGGCCAUCUAGGCCUUCUCGAGGAGCUGGGAGAGGGGAGUCGUCUCGCAGACGAGGUGGGAGCAGAGCACAUAUCAUAGAGGAGGAGUCCAGCGAGGAGGAGGAGUCCGUGCAUCCUCAGUCAGAGACAUUCGCCGGCAAAGAGAAUGACUUUGAAUCCAGUUCCGGUUCUGGAGAUGAGGCCGAGGGGGAUCCCGAGGAUGAUAGCUCUGACUCAGAUGGCGAUGAUGGUGCUGAGGCUGUCCCGCAGAAGAGGACGAAGAGGGCCUCUGUUUCUUGCACUUGAGAGCACAGA